AUGCCGGUUAGUAAUAUAAUAUUGAGGUCUUGGAUGAAUUAAUUUUUUCUAGAUUGUUUGAUUAAAAAGCAUAAAAAUUAAUGUUAGCACAUAAAAAAGGAGCCAACUGAAGCUACUGUUUGUUUAUUAGUAAUAGUUUAUUGAUUAGAAGAUUGAAUAUUUAGGAACUUAAGCAACAAGAUAAACGACUUAAAAAUUGGAAUAAUAUGUUUGGUACUUUUUUAGGCGAAAUUCUUGUUCAUUAAAAAAGAAAAAUAAACAUCUAGACCCAUUAUAUCGAAAAGAAGCUCUAAUGUAUUGUAGGAAUAAUGUUUUGAUAGAUUUUGAGUAAGUAAUAAUUUCGAAAAAUUUCAUUGAAGGGAAAUAACUGAAUGUGAAUUGUGAGGUGGUUAAAAUUAAUCAGAGUUAUUGGAUAGACAAAGACCUAAAUCUAUUAAGAUAAUUAUACUAUUUAAAGAUCUGGAUUCAUAAAAUUACCGAAAGACUUUAAAAUUCAAUCAGUAUUAAGAAAUUUAAUAAAACAUAAAAUGAAAAAAGAAAAAGAAGUUAUUAGGAGAAAUAGAAAACUCAAAAAUGUAUGCGUCAUCAAAUAUAUGUUUGA